AUGUCUCGUCCCGGUCGUUUUAAAAUGGUUUUAUUAGGUGAAUCAGCUGUUGGAAAAUCUUCUUUAGCACUUCAAUUAGCAAAAGGACUAUUUCAAGAAAAUGCUGAAAGUACUAUUGGUGCUGCUUUUUUUACACAUACACUUAAAAUUGAUCCACAUACAUCACUUCAUGUUGAAUUAUGGGAUACAGCUGGUCAAGAACGAUAUCAUUCACUUGCACCAAUGUAUUAUCGUGGUGCACAAGCAGCUCUUAUUGUCUAUGAUAUAACAAAUUAUAAUUCUUUUCUUCAAGCAAAAAAAUGGGUAAGAGAAUUACGUCAAGUCAAAGGAACUGAAAUAAUCAUUGGUUUAGCAGGAAAUAAAUCUGAUUUAACAAUAGAAAAUAAACGUCAAGUUGAUAUACGUGAAGGAGCUGAAUAUGCUGAUGAAAAUGGACUUAUAUUUAUGGAAACAUCAGCUAAACGAGGUGAAAAUGUUACAGAAAUAUUUAUGAAUGUUGCUAGACAAGUUGCUAUAAAACAAUCAUCUAAUACAUUAUCUAAAUCAUCUGGAAUAAUUCCAUCACCAAAAUCAAAUAUUUCGUGUUGCAGUAACAAUACUAACAGUAAAACAUAA